AUGAUGGCCAAGAAACUACCACUCCCCCACUUCCUCAACCUACCCCUGCCCACCAUCCCAUGCGAGUCAUCAUCCUCGAAAUCCACCAACUCCUCAUCGAGCACGGACACCAACGGCAGCAGCACCAGCACCCAGCCGCUGGUCUUCAAACUCAACCUAUCCCCCGAGCAGUACGAAGAGCUGCUCAACCUCGAUGCCGAGGUUGAGGAGGGCGAGGAGGGCGGGCUCAGGGUCGAGUUCGACCCAUCCGGGAAGGCCGCACUCCACCUCAACUCCGAGCGCAUCCUUCAGCUCAAUCCUCCCCGCUCAGGACCAUCCCGGACCAACAGGCCCGAAGAAAUCUACCGACAUACCCCCACAUCCCCCGCCCCCUCCACCCGAUCAUCUCUUUCAGGCCUGUUCAGGAUCCCACCGAGCUCAACGGUCUAUGACCUACAACGCUCUCAGCCUUCAUCCGACCUUCCGAUCGGAACCUCUACCCAGACGCGCGCUGUUGAACCCCCCAAACCGAGCAGCAAGCCUACCCACCCCACCCCCUCCAUCAACACCCCUCAGCCUCCUAGACCGGCGCGUCUAGCAACCGAAUCAAGCCGGAGUGAGAAGGAGAGACUGGCUGGACAGAGACUGAAGGAAAAGCGGCAAGAGGAUGAUCGAAAGAAGAAGGAGAAGCAGAUAGCUAUCCUGCCUGAUGCUCCCGCGACCACCCCCGCAGCCAGGCGACCCCGCCCAACGAAGGUUAAAGCUGCAACAAAACAAACAUCUUUCGUCGCUGGCACACAGUCGCCGAGCACCACGCCAUUGAAUGGCACCCUCUCAUCGUCCAGGAGUAAACCCCUGCCCUCUGCCCCAGUCCCACAGCCACCUCCUCCUAGGCGGGCCCUACCCGGAUCCCAAUCCGGAAAACAGAUCGCACAUGGUCUCAACCAGCAUCUCGCCAACUCUUCUGCAGCGUUGUCUAAACCUCCACCACCCCAGCCACAAUCAGAAGCACUCCCGCCGGCACAACCGCUGCCAGCUCCUGCUCCGCCACCGGUGACGUUCAAACCAUCUAGUUCGAACAAGCGUGGCAAGACAGCGCCUCUCAACGCCCCUCCAUCAGAGCCUCCGAGUGCUACCAAGCUCAGCCCGAGCACCGAGAAGAGCGAGGCUGAUCACCGGCAGCUGGAUACCCCGUCGCAACCCCUCAAGCCACCUUCCCCUCCUGUGGCAACUCUCAAACCGAAGGACUCCACCCAGGCCUCCAAGUCUUCCCCCCGCCUCAAUGCCGUACUAGAUGAGGCCAAGACUCACUCUCUUCCUGAAGCUCCUGGAUUAUCCUCAGAAAGGACAGCUUCGUCAACGUCGGCGCAAAAGCGAAAUCUGAAGAAGCAAGCUCCUUCAAUCGCCUCGAGAACAUCAGGCAACGCUCAAGUCGAGAGAGCACCGAGUCCUUCUGCGGCUAGUGAUGCUCCCAGUAGCUCGUCGAAGAGGCCCCAGGCGGAUACAUUACUUGAUAAUCCGACCCCUCUUGCAAGCCGGCCCAAGAAAACUCAACGACGUGAUGGGAAUGAGCGACGGCCUGCAGACGAUUCUCCUGCCCCACCAACCAAGUCGACCAGGCCCCGAUCCAACAGUGGUGCCACAAGACCUGAAGACCAGCCCCGGAAAUCGGGCAUCACGAUGAAGAAAGUCCCGGCUCCAGCGACCGUCGAGCGGAAUACGAGUCACGCUGAAGCUGGUGGCACACCGCCGAUCACCAAGAAGAGGGCGCUAGAAGCGGAAGCGGUUCCUCCGAGCAACGCUCUCAACAAGCGAGUUCGGCAAGAAGAGGGCGGCGGCAGUCUGUCUGCCUCAGGUCUGCCGACGAUCCGGAAGGUGGUUCGGCCCCCACCAGCUGCUCCAGUCGAGCCGGAACCGAGGCAGAACGGACAGGCGAAGCGAGUGAAGAAGAAGAAGAAGCUGUCCAGACGGGUGGAUUAUACGAGUUCGGAGGUCGAGGAGGGAGAAGAGCCGGGGGAGAUCGUGAAUGUGUCGAGCAAGCACCGGGCGACUGGCUCGGGCAGCGCGUCGAACUCUGCGCAGGCUGUGAGUGAGGCCGAGGCAGGCAAGGCCGUUGUUCCUCCUGGGCCGACGAGGGAGGAUGGGGGCGGGAGAGCUGAGACGAAGGGGCCGUCGACGAGCCCUCCGCAGGCGACGAAGCUGGACGGGAAGGCGCGGGCGAGCGAGCGGAGUGGGGAGGCGGGGGCGGGGGCGACGACGACGAGGACGGGCGAGGAGCGCGUGGGGGCUGCUGCUCGGCCUGGUGGGGCCAGCUCGCCGUCGUACAAGCUCCUGCGGCUGCAGUUCCACAAGCUGCUCCGGCACUACGAGUUCGUCUGUGCGCGGAUCGAGGAGUACAAGAGCGACGACUCGGCGAUCAGCAAUCUGCAGGAGGUCGAGGAGCUCGUGUUCGAGGUGCAUGGCUUGGAGCUCGAGCUGGACAGGCUCCGGCAGCGGCUGACGCGGAACUAUCUCUAG